AUGUCAAUCCAAAGGCUGCCAGAAGAUGUUGUCGCACAGAUCAAAUCUUCAACCGCCAUAACCUCACUGAACGAGGUGAUAUGCGGUUUGCUCAAAAACUCUUUGGAUGCUGGGGCGACGAAGCUCAACAUCUCGGUCGACUAUGCUAAAGGAAACUGUUCAGUAGAGGAUAACGGAAUUGGUAUUCUACCAGCAGAGUUUACUACAGCUGGAGGCCUCGGUAAACUGCACUAUACAUCCCACUUUCCAAUACGCUCCCAUAUUCACGGUAAUAGUGGCACGUUUUUGGCAUCCGUAGCUGCCCUGUCGUUAUUAUCCAUAACUUCGCAUCACAAGGACUAUCGUUCCCAUAACACAAUCCAGAUCCAUAACUCCAAAGUCCUGGCACGGCAUAUCCCUUCGCCGCCGGACCAGAGACUGCUCACCUUCAGUCAUGGAACCCGUAUUACUGUCCGAGAUCUGUUUGGCUCCAUGCCCGUAAGAGUCAAGCAGAGAUCGCUUACCACUGAUAAAUCUGCAUUGACGAGAGACUGGGAGUACUUGAAAGCGUCUAUCGUGGCUUUGCUACUCCCUUGGCCCGGGCAGGCCACCAUUUCUGUUCGUGACUCUGCUAGUCAACAAACAGCUACGAUAAGAAAUAAGGAGGCCAUUGACGGAGCGUUGGCAGAAAGAGCUCGGCGCUCGCUGUAUGUCUCACGUGUCUCGAGUUUAUUGUAUCAAGCGGGACUCUCUGAAGAGAACGUUGCUGACUCAUGGGUUGCGUUGAAAGCUGCGGCAGGGUCUCUUUCCAUGAGCGGUGCUGUAUGCCUGACACCCGUGGCUACCAAACGAAUGCAGUUUAUCAGUAUAGGGAUCCAGCCAGUGUCUAACGAACGUGGCUCGAAUGUUCUAUACGAAGAGGUCAAUCGUUUGUUCGCCAAUUCAGGCUUUGGUGUGGAGGAAGAAAUCAACAAUAUCGAUGAGCCAGAGAAGACGCGGAGAGCCGAGGACCGCCGAUACAAAAGCGAAGGCUACACUGAUCGUGAGCUGAAAGCCAGAAAAGGAAUUAACAGAUGGCCUAUGUUUCACAUCUCAAUUGAUGUUGACGACCCAGCGGAAUCAAGUGCGGUGCACGAUCUACGCGACAUUCUGGAUGAACGCCGGAAUCACCUAUCGGGCAUUAUUGAUGUGCUCAGAGCAAUGAUCUAUGAGUUUCUGAAAAGACAUAAUUUCCGUCCAGUCUACUACAAUAAGAAAAAGCGUCAGCCCUGCAAGCAUUUUGGAAGUAGGAUACCGCCGGAAGCUGCCACAUCUGCUUUACCAUCCCGACCACGUUCACAAUCUGGUAUCUCAUUUGAAAAAGUGAAGAUGGGUCCUCCUGGCGACUUGGCAACCUCUCGUCUUUAUCUCCCAACAACCCAGAGCCCAGCGUCUAGUCAAGAGUCUCCGUUCGAUGGGUGGUUAAGAAUCAAGAGUGGUCGCCAAACACCAAUGCCAGCCAAAGAUAUCGAAUUCGGAGUCCAUGGUGAACCAAGUGAACCCAGGAGCAGCAGUAUGUUUCUAUCCACAAAGCGUACAGUUUCCUCAGAUUCGCCACUGUUCAAUGACAAAGGAGAACUGCGACGGGUGCCGUUUCUUGACGUUGAAGAACACCCAGAACCCGCCAACCAAGAUCACAAUUCGGACAUGGUAGUAGAAAAGCCAGAGGAAAUUGGGUCAUUAUUGGUAGUCGAGAAGGACAUUGUGUGGACCAAUCCUGCGACAAAGAGGAAAUCUACCAUCGAUGCGCGCACAGGCUUUGUCAUACAGCCUGAGGAGCCUGUAAAGGCUCGUUCAUACAGUGCCAGACCUUCUCGUCUUACUUCUACAAAACGUGUGCGGACUGAAGCAGCAUCAAGAAAGAGUGAUUGCACGUGGAUAGAGGACCUGCUUUCGUCGUGGAAGAACCCGGUUUUCGAAGCUGCUGAGCCUCAGAUACCUGCAGCUUUUGAUGAAGCUAGGCUUAUUAGCUCAAUGAAUAAUUCUAGCCGGAACAGCCAUCAUUGCCGCCAUCUUCCGCUAGACAACAUUUUUAAUGUCGAAGCAAAAGUCUCCAAGGAUGCGUUGCGAGCAGCCGAAGUCCUAGCACAAGUAGAUCGGAAGUUCAUUCUUGCCAAGGCUCCCUUGGAGCCAAUUUCGAGCACGAAAUGCCCCGAAGACCAGAUCUCACUUCUGAUCGUCAUCGAUCAGCACGCUGCAGAUGAACGAUGCAGGGUUGAAGCACUGAUGGCGAGUUACUUCAAUCCAGGCUCAUCAGGAGCGGCACAAACUGAGACGUUAGACAAGUUUUUACAGUACGAGAUCUCUACCCAAGAGCGGUCGUUGUUUGAGAGACAUGAAUCAUAUUUCGAGCACUGGGGCAUCGAGUAUCAAUUGAACACCAUUGCCUCACGCCUUCAACUACAAAGCAUUAAAUUCCCAUCAUUCCUCAAAGUCACAAGUCUGCCUCCCAGCAUUGCUGAGAGAUGCCAAACAGAACCGCAGCUUCUGAUUAGUUUGCUCAGAAAGGAGGCAUGGAAGCUUGACGAUAGCGGUCGCACCCAGGCACGACGAAGAUUGGAAAAGGGGGCACCAGGAUCAGGUCAUAACGACGAAGCUGAGCUGCAUUGGCUUGCAAGAUUUCAUGGUUGCCCGCAAGGAAUUCUGGAAUUGAUAAACUCUAGAGCAUGCCGGAGUGCGAUCAUGUUCAACGAUCCUUUGUCUUUGGAUGAGUGCAAAGAUUUGUUGAGGAGACUCGCAGAUUGUGCAUUCCCAUUCCAGUGUGCUCAUGGGCGCCCGUCGAUGGUGCCGUUGGUUGAUAUGGGAGAUGAGCGAAUUUAUAGGAACGAAAGACCUGCCAAAGGCACUUUCGGCAAGCAAUUUAAGAGAUGGAAAGCGAGUAUGAUUGAUGAUCACUCGUGA